CGAGACAGGACGAGACGACACGAGACGGAACGGAAUGGUGCGUGGCGAGGUGGGACGAGGCGAAGCGACGCGAGGCGAGGCCAGUCGAACGUAGCCGAAUCGAGUCGAGCCGAGUCGAAUUGAGAAACGGAGUCAGUGGCUGGCGACUCUUCGGGGCGUCAGGUUCUUCGUGUGGGGUUUGUUGUUGUUUCGCGCUCCCUGCAAACCACGUGCGCAGCUUCGUGACAGCUCUGCUAUCGAAGCCGUAACCGUACAACUAGACGUUCCAUUCGUUGCGUACUUUUCCAUUGGUGAUAUUCUCGAGGCAACAAUACAAAUCAUAGAAUAAUUUUAUUAAAAAUUAGCUUUUCGAAUGAACGCUGUCAAAGAGCAUCGUAACUCGAAGAUACAACCGUUUCGUUAUACUAAAUACGCGUUGUUGACGUAUCAUGGUGACAAUGAGAAAAUAAUUUUUCAAGUGUUAUUACAUUUGAAAUAAUCGCGAUAAUUAGCGAGUGAAAUGACUCGAUCGAUAGUUGAAAUUUUUAUACAACUAAUAGUGUUGCUCGUUAGAUUACAAAAGCAGCGAUAAGGACGGUAAAGGCGUCUGAAACUCGAUGGGGUUCGUAGAUAUUACAACUUUAAAUUUGUCACGAUGACUUGGCUACGUGCUCUCGACGGUUAUCGCAGCGGAGACUUUCGUUAGCAACUCUUAUCUGACUACGAGAAUAACCUGACUGCACAGCGUAAAUAUUAUGAAUGCAGGAAUCUUCGAAUCGUGCGACGAGUUAAAAUUACAAUGUCCCCUAAUCGUAUCCGGAGCGUUGCCAACCGCAAGAAGCACACGGAAGAAAACUAUAUCAAGGACAAAUGAAAUUCGAAAAACUUAUCAAUUUUCUCGGUCGGACUAUUAAAAGUUAGAAAGAGAGGGAGUGAAAGAGGUGGGCCAUAUCGUUUCUUGGCAGACAGAUGACAAAAAAUAGAACGUUAUCCCACACGAGCCAGUAACGUUGCUCUCGUAGCAUCGAGUCGGCCAGCGGACAAAAUAAGUGGACCGCGGCAACGAGCAAGAACGUAACGUGGGUAAAUUAGUCACGAAACAGAUACGUCUGCAACAAGAAACGGAAUAAUAACGAGCGUGGCCGGAAGAACGUGGAAACGACAGAAGAAGAGGAAGAAGAAGAAGAAGAACAAGAAGAAGAAGAGGAAGAAGCAGAAGGAAAGGUGUACUUUUAUUCGCCCGACGAACUCGCCUCCGAGAUAGACAACCACUGUGAAGAGAUAGGAGAGGAGCAAACAGAGUGAAGCAAGAAAAGCACGAAUAAAGAUAGUGGAAACCGGGAGGAAGAAAGAGAGAGAGAGAGAGAGGAGAGAAGAAGGGAGUGACGAGCGAAGGAAGGAAAGGAAGGAUCUAGAGAGAGGGAAGAGAGCGGAGAGAUUUCUGGGCACGCGCACUCCACCUGCUAGCGUGUAGUGGCACGCGCCAUACCCACCCCCUCCGCUCUGCACGUUUCGUCCUCCCCCUCCCCUUCGUCCGUCUCUUUCCGCAGUCCCUCUUUGGCGUUACCUCCUGGUUCUACCGCGACCGUCGCCACCGCCGCCGCCACUGCCACCGCCACCGCCUCCACCUCCGCCUCCGAUUCUUCCCUCCCGUCCCCCGUCCCCGACCUCCGACACCGACCCCGCUUCCUCACCAUCGCCCCUCGUUCCGCCGUGUCACUCCUCCCGCGGGAAUCCCCUCCCGUGUUCCCCUCAACGCGUGCCGCCGUUCCAAGACCGGGACGCGCGGGAGUCAAUCGCUCGCGGACUUCGAUAGGACGAGCAUACAGGUCCUUGGCUCUUCCUCUACUCUGUUCGACGUUUCUCUGUCCGAGCAUCUCGCGCCUCGUGUCGCUGGCUCGUGAUUUCGUGUGUUUCCUCAUUUUAUUCCUUCCUUCCACUGUUUCGUUACUCUAUUUUUCAAUCUGUCCACUCUUCUCAAGGGAGAGGCGAUUCUAGAGCUGUUUCCCCGCUGAUCCGACAGAAAGAUUUAAAGGGAUCGCAGGAAGAUUCGUAAAGGAAAGUAGAACGGUACGUUGCGUGAUCCGGUUUAGGACACGGCGCGUGAGGCCAUCCGUCUACAAGAUACCUCGGACCGUAUGGUCGAGCACGAAUGGUCAAAGUUCGCGUUGAAUUUUCGCGUUCGUAAUAAGGACAGAGUGGCGGGAGAAAGGAAAAGGCGAACCGUACGAGUGGAGUUGCCGGCCGAUGUUUGCGUAUGAAAAAAUCCGCUCGUUCUCUUCCACCUCUUCCUCCUCUUCUUUCCGGCGUUCGUCUGCUGCCAGGGGGCCAACGUGCCGGCCGAUCCGUGCAUUGUAAACAAAGAGAACAAAGGGCCAACGGCGACAACGACGACGACGACGAGGACGAAGACGAGGAACGAGGACGGCGACAACGACCAGCAGAAGAACGUGGGAAGGGAAAAACGUAAGAAGGAGGAAGGAAAGCGAAGCAACGAGAUAAAGGGUGGGGGUCUGACGCGUGCUACUACCGCCGUUACUUCCAUUACAACAAAAAUAGUCCAGUCUCUGUGGUGGACAAGAGAUAGGGCGAAAAGAGAAGGAAGAUAGUGUUGGCAGAGAAUAACAACAGUAAUAUAAAGUUAUCUUAAUAUAUAUAUAUACACGGACACGUGUGAUUACGCGUACCCAGUCGGUGUUGGCCACGCACGAUGCGACAGUAGUUGAAGUGGGUACCUUUCGGAGUAAACACGGGAAAAAUAAAUUUCAGAUAAAUUCGGAACGAAUCGGCUGGAACGGAGCAGACAGAAAAGAAAAGAAAAAGGAAACGAUACUUUAGUAGGCGAGUUUUAUUCCGGAGCAACUGCCUUUCCGUUCUCUAAAGUGACAGCAGUGACAGAGAGUGGUGGUGCGCGGAUCAGCUGUUCGUCGCGGAGCCGCGUUACAACACGCGUCCCUCGCCUGCCCGAUCACCGACAUCCUCUGCAAAUUUUCCAAGCAAAUUUUCCUUACCAUCCGAUUCGACAGUUGAAAAGAAAAAAAAGAUCGCGCGUCUCGUCUUCGUACGUGCGUUUCGAGUCGACCUUCUCGAACCACCUGUUGACGAUUUACGAGGGAAAAUCGACGUCUUCGCGCGGACCAGGGCCUAACUUCCUCUCGGACGAUUUACAAAAAGUAGUCGAACGAUAUCGUGAUCGUUCGGUGUCAAAAUUGUCCAACUGUCGGUGCGCUCAUUUUCGCGAUGAAUUCGGUGAAGGUUUUCGAGAAUACGCUCGAGUCGGACUUACGGACGCGUGUAAAAAUCGUUGAAAGACAUUGAGAUGCAAAUUCGAUGCGAGUUUCACGGGCAGACGUCGUCGUUGGAGGUAACGUGAAAAAUAUGCAACCGGAGAAACUUUGAGUGACGGUGGUGGGCGCCGAGUGUUUUUCGGUGUGAGCGUUAUCGAGAGCGUUGUUUAAUAUACGCCUUUAUCUGUCGGUCGCAUCGACGGUGACAGAAAGAAGAGGCACGUUGAAGAAAAGAGAAAGAGAGACGGUAAAGUUCGGAGGUCACGGAACCGUUGGACGAUAUGCGGCACGCAAACUCGUUUCGACGAGCGGCUGAGAAUUUCGGCUGGCUGAUCCAAGCCGACGCACUCGCGUCGAUCGGACACCAAUAGCAACGGGAAACAGUGGUGAUAUGCUGGGCGGGGGACACGGCACCGUCGAUUCUAUUCCCGGCGUCUUUUUCUUGCCGGCGUGACGUUGGAGGAACGCGCGAGAAGAGAGUACGUACACCGUACGCGGUCGACGUUGACGCGCGCUCGCGCGUGCUAACCAACGCUGACUUCGCUGGUAAUAGCUAGUCAAUGUGAACGGAAGGGCAUUACGUUUAAACGGGCAUCGUGUGUACGUGUACAGUUGUUAAAUAAUAGGUGAAUCCUCGGCUAAGUUGUACAGUGGAAACGAACGAACCGGUCCGGACGUAUUGUUUACACCUUUGAUGCAGUUUCGAAGAGCGACCGAGAAGUCUCGGGCUGGCCAACAACCGGAUGAUUUAGUUCAGUAACGUCGUGACUAGCGGGCCUGUUGUGUCGCGAUCCUCCUCGUUGUAUGCUUCGUUACGGGACCGACGAUCUUGUUGCGUGGUCGCGCGCGAAAGAAAGUUACUCCGGUAUCAACGAUUCGAGCGCCUCCAGAAAAGUGCGGAAGUGACGAGGAAAGGGAAAGUAAGCCGGUUGCAUUGGCGCGUACAGAAAAAUGACCUUCAAAUUCCGUUGAGAAGAAAAUCUUGCGACUUUGAUCCUGAUCGAAGGAACAGUGGUGAAAUAUGGAUCUGUAACGCAAGGCGAUUCGUCGAAGGAAUAGAUAUCUUAAGUUAGUGUGUUAUACCGUGAGGAUAUUCUAGCGAGGACAAAAGAAAGAAAAUAUCGUCGAAGGGGCAUGGUGGGCCUCCACCAACCAGGGCCACAACAGGCCCGGGUGGCCCCCCUUUUGUAACAAGGAAAUCCCUCGCUGUCGUGCAGCUCGUGCUCCAUUACACUGCCUGGAAUGAUGCAGCAAAAAUUCGUGAAGAGGACGGCCGAGGAGUUGGAGCCAGCGGGCGGUGGUAGCGGAGACGGUGGCUUUGGCGAGCCCCCGGUGAAGCUGCAAUGCACGCAGGCACAGCAUCAACAUCAGCAGGGUCCCGGUGGAGGAGGCGGUGGCGGGCCUCAUCACGGCCACGGUCAGCAUCCGGCCGGAAACGGUACGAACUCGACGGGUCAGACGCACGGCGGUGGCGGAGGUGGAGGAGGAGGAGGCGGCGGUGGCGGGAACGAAGGAUUGACCAAGUUCUCGGUGGAGAUCGUGCAGCAACUAGAGUUCACCACGUCGGCCGCGAACUCGCAGGCUCAACAGAUAUCCACGAACGUAACGGUGAAGGCGUUAACGAACGCCUCUGUGAAGAGCGACCUGCUGAAUGCGUCGUCGUCGCCGAAAUCAGGUCCGGACACACCAGCAUCCGGCACGUCGAGAGCUCAGGCUGGGAACGGAAACGGAGGCGGACCUGGUUCCGGUGGCGCUGGCACAGGUGGCCCAGCUGCCCCCGGUGGUAUCGGCUGCGUUGAUAUCGGCAACCUGGUCGAAUGCAAACAGGAACCCGAUAACGAGUUCGUCGACCUAGAACAGUGCGCCGCCGCGUUGGAAAAAGACGCGGCGGCGAACGGUGCCGGUUUUCCCGGCUUCUCCGAUUUCAUGGGAGACGACACGGGUGACGAGAUUAUCACCUCCGACGCGUUCAAAGAUCUCAUCUCGGAGAUUUCCGACUUUCAUCCGGAAUUCAUGAAGGACUUUGAUUUCGAGGAGAAGAUCCCUGUGGACGCGUUGGCGAACAAUGCAGCGGUGGCUGCGGCCGCGGCUGCUGCUGCAGCAGCGAAUAACAACAACAACAACAGCAUCGCGACGAACAAUGGGCAAAUUAAAAUCGAGGAUGAUAAGGACGCGAUACACCAGCAACACGGGACCACCAAUAACAACAAUGUGAAUAAUGGCACGGGUCCCAACAACGGGAACUCGAUGCCCGCCAAUUCUAGCCCUGGUACUCUCGGCUCGGCCCAAUACUCCCCUGUCCGAUUACCUUAUUCCGGCUUGGACUUCAAGUCUGAGAUGAGUCCAGCCGCCCAGACGUUGAAGCAAAUGGCCGAACAACAUCAGCACAAGAGUCAACAGCUUGGCCUGGGCGGUUUCAACCCCAGUGCCGCGGCCGCGGCAGCCGCUAGAGGACCAACAGCUCGUUCCCCUUACGCGGAAUUCCCGCAAUUCGGUGGCGCGUCCGAUUACCUUGGUAGCCCUGGUAGCACGGGUCCAGCUGGUGGACAAUCACAGACGAGCGCGGGUACUGGAUCGUAUCACAAGAACAACGGCACAUCCGGAUUCCAAAGCCAACAAACUAACGACAUGUUCGUCGGCUCGCAAACCCAAUUCGCUGCCGGGCUGGCGGACAUGAAGAGACCGCAAGCUGGCAGCGGCGGGAAACCGAGCAUGCUUGGCCCAAGCGGAGGAUACAAGCAGCAGUAUUCGCCAUACGGUAGUCCGGGAUCGAUGCCGAAUCACGGCAGCCCCGGUUAUCCGCUUCCACCGAGAGGCUCCCAGGGCGGUGGACCCAAUCAAACCGGCUCCCAGGGACCCUUCACCAGCUCCACGCCCCCGAGACCUCCCUCGGGACCCGGCACCUCUACUCUGCAGAUCAACCAGGCGCAACAGCUACACAUCAACAAUCCUGGCCAUCAGAUUCAGGUGUCCGCGGGUCAGCACAUGCAGUUCACAGGAGACCUGAAACCCGGUGUAUCAGUGGCCGCUCAACAGGGCAUGUACUUCAACCAACAACAGAGCCAAAAUCAGUCAGGACCAGGUGGUCAAAACGACACGUACUGUUCUGUCUCCCAGUCUCAGACGAUCAACUUCACUCAACAAAGUCUGAAACAAAGAGCCGCUGCCGCGGGUGGUGUUCCUCAGCCUGCAGGUGCUCCGGGAGCUCGUAACCAUCCUCAACAAGUGCCGCAGAAUCAGGUGGACCAACAUCAACACGCGAAGCUUCUUCAGCAACAACAACUGAUGCGCGCUCAGCAGGUGAUGCAACAACAGCAACACAUGGCGGGAGGAAUGGGCGGCGUGAGGCCACCACCACCCGAAUACAAAGCUGCCCAGGCCCAAAUGAUGCACGCUGGAAUCGGCAUGGGCCAGCAAGCAAGGUUUCCCAAUACUGGACCUAUGCGUAGGGUUACGCAACAACCAAUGCCACCUUCGGGUCCGAUGAUGAGGCCGCAAAUGGCACAGCAGCAACAACAGGCGUUACACGCGGCCGGUGGCAACAUGUACAUGGGUGGCGGUAGCAUGGCCGCCAUCGGUGGGAUGCAUCAGAUGCACCAACGUCUCGGAUAUCCUAGAACUAAUAAUCAGCGGCCGCCUAACGUCAGCGUCGGUCCGCCCGAGAGCCUCGGGAACAGUAUCGCGGGUCGUGGGGCUCAGCAGGAGUGGCGACACGUUCUGAUGCAGCAACAGGGCUUUCAAGCGCAGAUGCGAUCGCAAUUCAACCAGCAAGGUCACCAAGGUGGUUUCGGUAUGGGUGGCACUGGCGGUAUGCAGAUGAACGCCGCGCAAAUGCAACAUCAACAGCUGAUUCGUUCGCAAAGCGGAGGAAUCGGUGGUUCCGGUAUGGCGAACAGCACUCAGAUGCAGCAGCUACUGUCGCAGCAACACCAGCAACAGACAUUAGCCAUGCAGCAGAGUAAUAAUCAGAUGUCACUGCAGAUGCAAAUGUCGCAAUCCUCAUCAGUCAACUCUGUCAGCAGUACCGGGACGGGUUCUCCCCUGCACCCCCAUCAACAGUAUGGCGCAGGUAGUCCAGGUGUACGUAGUCUGCCCCAACAACAACAACAACAACAACACUCGCAACCACAGGCAACCACCACGGACCCAUCAGUAGCCGCGGCUGACUUUAGCCUCGAAUUUCUGGAGAACCUCCCAACCGGGGACACGUCGAACUUCAGCGCACAGGAGUUGCUGAAUUCCCUCGACUCCACGGCGGGAUUCAACCUCGAUAUUCUGUAAGACCACGCGUAUCGCGGUCUAAUCGGGAAAUCGGAUGAAAUCGGGUCGGUUGCAAACACGAUCACGAUACAGACGCACCAGGAUCGAUCACCCUGCCGUAGCACAAGUUAAAGAUUAACGCGAUGAUCUCUCUUGUUCGUCGCUUCGUUGUGCUUCGGUGAUUCGUUCGGCGGGUGUCGUAGUUCGAUGAACUAAAGUGGAGCGUUAUCGUCCCGUCGAAAAUCAGACUAGAGUAGUUAGAUGAUUAUAAACAAGAGAUACAACUUGCUCAGGGCAUGUUCGUCUAGCAAAAUCACGGGAAAUCGUAAAGAAUGGUCAGGAAGAAAGCAGAUGAACAGGCUGCGAGGAACGAGAGUGAACGCAAAGAGGAAAGAAAAGGAAAUGAUUAAUUUCCAUGUUACGAUAACCACUUGGUAGGACGGCGACGAUCACGAUAACCCUGAAAAGGUCCUCCACGUUCGUCAAUUGAUCUAUCCUCAUAGGAGCGUCAGGGAGGGUGUUUGAUCCAGUCGAACCGGCCUCGGACCAAUCAAUCGUGCACCGUACCCGUGCACCAUGUACAGUAGUAAGAAUAAACACGUAAAACGGUGAGACUUCCUCGAUUGUUCCAGCUUCCGGGAGGAAGAUCGGUAAGAGGAAGACGGUUCGACGUUGAGUGCAGAGAGACAGGUCGUAGAGCAUUUUCGGCAGCUAUCCUCAGCUGGCAACCACAUUCUUCUAGGCAAUCACGUUUUAGGAAAAUUGAAUUUCUUUAUGGUAACGAUCGAAACAGCGGAGACCAGAGUGAAAGACGGAGAGAAUGAGAGAGAGAAAAUUGUGGAAAAUCAAGAAGUAAGUGGGAAAUUCGUUUUAUACAAACGUAGCUCCGAAUUCGUACACGUUUAUCCUGUUUUUAUCGAUCAGCUAGGGGAUCGCUCUUGAAAUUGAUCUUCUAUCGAGUGCACGCGUCGACGACACUUGGACGGUGACCUCGACGCGCACUCCUCGAAACGUUCGCGCGGCUUCCCUUGAUUUUUCACGAUCGACGAUCCGUGUGUACGAUGAUAAGAGAAAAUGAUGGUCUUUCGUUGUUACCCUCGAGACGAGGUUCGACCGUCGCUCGUUCACGGCUAAACGUUAUUAAAGUAUAACGGCUAAGAACUUAGCGUAUUUAACGAUGCCGCGACGGCGUAUUUACAAUUAACAGAAAGUCAAUUACGAGAUAUAAAUACAUAUAUAUAUUCGAUUCUCGAUAAAUUUCCGUGACCACUGAUGAUCGAAUCAGAAUCAGAAAUCGUUUGAUCGAAACGAUCCGCGGUCGCGUGUACGUAGGAUUCGCGUUGUGUUCGUUGACGAAGAGAGAAAGAGAGGGAGAGAAUGAAGAUGAAAACCUUCCUAUAGACGCGGCGUUUAGUGUUGCUACAGGAUGAAUUGAAAUCUUGACUGUACAUACAAAAAAAAAUUAUACAACAUAUACACACAGGACCGUAAGCUCGCAAAGUUUAGCUGAUUAUUAAUUAAGAACUCUAACGAUAUAGGUAAAUAUUAUAUAUAUAUAUAUAUAUAUAUAUAUAUAUAUAUAUAGGAUAAUAAUAGUAAUCGAGUUGAAUGAAUGUUAAGGAGAGAAAGAGCGUAUGUGAUGAAAACGCGUACUGAGAAAAUGACGACGGGUGAAACGAAUGUUUUGCACGGCGAUAAAGCACAUUUACCUCGAACGAGUGUAUUUAUUGAGUUUUAGUCCCGCAGGAUGUGCUGUGUCGCCGGAAUCGACAGGUUGCACACGAGAAAUAAUCACGGUGAGGUGCGAACUCCGUUUUCGCUACGAUGAACCGCGUUCUCUUUCAGCGAAACAUUGAAUUACAUUCGACACAACGCACGGUAGUGAUCGUUCGAUUAAAUGAAAGUGUAUUCAUCGUGUUGGUUCAGUUCAAAAUUACUAUUUCUUGCCUGAGAUUAACGAGACGAUGAAUUAUUUUUUUUUCUUUUUUUUUUUUUUUCUAAACGUAACGAGUCACCGCAGUUCAUCGUUACCGUGAAACGGGUCUGCGACUAAUCUUCCAAAUAGUGAUACAUUCCAUAGCUAAAGAAAAAAAAAAUGGAGUAGGAAUCCACGGUUCGUCUAAUCAAAAGUAUCGUUUCUAAAAGUGAAUGAGGAGAAUAAGGGGGUCGUGAUAGAGGGGAAAAACAAGAAGAAAUAAGGAUCUAUAAAGUUACAGCAAGAACACCGAACGUUAAGUAGAAGAUACGCGAUAGAAAAAGGGAGAAGAUGACGAGAAUAAAGAAUAGAAAGGAGUUAAAGAAAAAAAAAUAUAUAUAUAUAUAUAAAAAUAUAUCCUCGACCGUUCGCCGAAAAAACUAAAGUGUGCACGAAUACUUCCGAUCGAAGUUUCGCUCGUCACUCUAUACAUAAUUAUUUUAUCAUUCGUGCUCGCGUGUACGCGCGAAUAUUAGCGAAAUAUCGAAACGUUCUUUUGUUUUUUUAUUUUCUUUGGUUGUUUGAAAAAUUCCCUCGAAACGGACGUAGGAGCGACGCGUUAUUAUUGUCUUGUAAAAUAUUGGGGCCAUGAAACAUAAUCUAAAGCAAGAAAAACGAGAAAAAGAUUAAAAAAAGAAAAAAAAAGAAAUAAAUAAGGGAACGAAGGAAACAGAUGCUGUAAUUGUGUCCACGUUGAUAACGAGAUAACGUAUGAUGUAAAUCGAGAGAAUCAAGCACGUCGAGAGAGAAAGGGAAAAUCGCCACGUGUUGUUCUGUUCUCUCUCUCUCCCCCCUUCACCCUUAUAAUAUAAAUAUAUUAAUAACUACACGAAUACACGUUUCGUGAAUGAAUGAAAACGAGCGACUGAGAGAAAGUAAGAGGAAAAUUGAGCGAAUGAACGAGCGAUUGUGAAUCGAGGCGAGACACACGAAACAAAGGAGACACGAGCAAUUCGUUUGUAGGGAAGAGAGAGCAUUAGGGACCAACCAAAAAUAACAAAGAAAAAUAAAGAACAAGAGAGCAAGAAGCCUGUGCCGAUGUCGAUUGUCGCGGUGGAUCGUUCUUCCUUUUAUAAUAUAAAUGUCGUCAUGAAAUAAUGAAAGAAAAAAGAAAACGCGCUGGGAGAAAGUAAAUCAGCUGUGCCUCGAAUCGUUCGCGACCGAUCACCAAACAUUAGAAACGAUCAUUUAGAGGGUGUUUCGGUCCUCGCGAAGCACGUCAUUCGAAUUUUCCACGUUUCGACUAGAACAAAGUGAAAAAGAGAGAGUUGUUAUUCUCUUGCACCGUCGAUGUUGAUUAGGAGGCAUCGGUUUCCAACCGAAGAGGACAAAGAUGGUCUCCGUUUUUCUUGUGUGUGUGCUCGGUUCAUCGAGGAGUCUCGAGCCGGAUAAAUACACGUAAUUAUUUAUAAUAUUUAUAUAACUUUAUAUAUGAUACACGGGCAUUUCGCAUAGAAUAAAAGUUCAUGUUGAAUCUCGAACUGUUAUCAAUAAAAAGCGUUGAGUUCCUA